CAAACAAAACCCAUAGACCAUGCCAAUCCCAGUAAACCAGGUACGCAUUACACACAACGAGGGCACAAUAGUAAUUUCCCUAACCGCAUUCAUUUCUUCACUUGUCGUUUUCUAAAGCAAUCUAAAGCAGGUGGAUACCCAUACCCAUCCCAUACCCAUACCCCCUAACACUUUUCUCUCUUCAAAUCAACACCAAAACCUAAAACAUUUGUUCAAUUCACUUUCUUAUUUCCAUCAUCCAUGAAGAGAUCAAUUUCAUUCUCACAAGAUCACCUGAACGGCAGUUGCAAUAUUCAUAUUGAUAAUGAUUCCGGCAACAUGAAAAAGAAGAUCCGCGCAGAUCCGGUUCCGGAAACAGAUCCGGUGCCGGACAACUCACCGGACACGCCGGAGACGACGACUGCUGUUCUGCUGGAUGAGAAUUUGCUGUAUGAGGUUCUGAAACACGUGGACGCGCGUACGUUAGGUGCGGCAGGAUGCGUGAGCAAGCAGUGGCAUCGUACGGCUCAGGAUGAACGGUUAUGGGAGCUGAUCUGCACCAAACACUGGGCGAAUAUCGGCUGUGGUAACACUCAGCUCCGGUCGGUGGUCCUCGCUCUCGGCGGUUUCCGGCGACUUCAUUCUCAUUACCUGUGGCCGUUAUCUAAACCUUCUAGUUCCGCCGCUACCUCGUCGUCGUCUUCAACCGUCGCAACGACGUCGUCGUGGCCGUGUCUGCCGCCGCCGCGUGCGAUUGUUCCGGCGAAACCUACGGCGAAAGCUCGUUGGGGAAAAGAUGAGGUUCAGCUCUCGUUAUCGCUCCUCUCGAUUCGUUAUUAUGAGAAGAUGAAUUUCAGUAACCGAAAAUGAAACAAUUCGCCGAUUUCAUUUCAUGUUUGGAAUUUGGAUUUGAUUUUCUGAAUUUGUUGUUUGUUUGUUUGUUUGUUUGUGAUUUUCUCUAGUAUGAAGUGUAGAUCUGGUUUUUCUCUAUCCUAACUAAGAACAACUAAUUAUUCCAAUUCCAAUGUAAUUUGUUUUUAAUUUUAUUAUUAAUGAAGUAUUUGUAAAUUGAGAUUUGA